AUGGUUCAACAGGAUAUCGGAGAGGUGACCCGCCUCGUUGAUAGCUUGGAGGCCGCCAGCAAAAAGACCAAGCGCGAGGGGAAGAAAGCGCUCUCGUGCAAGAAAACCUCCUUUCCGGUCGCAGGCUCGGAUAAUAUCACGGUCGACUCAUGGAAGUUUAUGGACUGGGACUACAAACGGGACGGUCUACCAACUUAUGCUCGUGGAUUGUUCACCACCAAGCGCAAGGAUGGGUCCCCUGAGAUUGCGGUUCGCGGCUACGACAAGUUCUUCAACGUUGACGAAGUCAACUCGACGAAGUGGAGAAACAUUGAGAACAAUACUCGUGGCCCUUACGAGCUCAGCGUGAAGGAAAAUGGGUGCAUUAUCUUCAUAUCUGGCCUGGAGGAUGGAACCUUGUUGGUUUGCAGCAAACACUCGACCGGAGAACGACCUGACGCCGACGUGAGCCAUGCGCAGGCUGGCGAACAUUGGGUCGAGAAGCACGUCGCUUCGGUAGGCAAGACGUCCAAGGAGCUGGCCCAGGAGUUGCGCCGUAUGAAUAUCACUGCUGUAGGGGAGCUGUGCGAUGAUAGCUUCGAGGAGCACGUUCUGGCCUACGAUCAGAUUGCGUCGGGCAUUUACCUUCACGGCCUCAACUACAAUAUCCCGCAGUUUGCAACGUGUUCGAGCACCGAAGUCCAUGAAUUCGCCGACCAAUGGGGGUUCAAGAAGGCCAAGUUCCUGGUCUAUGACGAUAUCGGGACGGUAAAGAAUUUCCUGGACUGUUGCGCAGAGACGGGGACCUGGGAUGGCCGCGAGACUGAAGGGUUUGUAAUCCGAUGCCAGAUGCAUGAAACAAGCACUGCGCCUCUUCGGGACUGGUUCUUCAAGUACAAGUUUGAGGAGCCGUACCUGAUGUAUCGUCAGUGGCGUGAAUGUACCAAAGCCGUCAUAGCGGGCAAAGUGCCCAACAUCAAGAAGCACAAAAAGAUCACGGAAGAAUAUCUGCAAUAUGCUCGUCGACAGCUCGUCAAAGAUCCCAAGCUAGCCAGGCUCUACCAGCAGAACCACGGGAUCAUCGCUAUGCGAGAUGGCUUCCUUCGAGAGCGUGGACUUACAGGCUCCGCUAUCGUCGCUAUGGAAGAAGGGGCCCAAGAGGAGGUGACAAACAAUGUGAUCCUGGCCCCCAUAGCUUCUCUCGGCUGUGGAAAGACAACGGUGGCUCUCGCUUUGACCAAUUUCUUUGGCUGGGGCCAUGUGCAGAAUGAUAAUAUCGCCAAACAGAAGAACAAACCUAAGAAGUUCGCCUUAGACAUCACCAACCUGCUGUCUGAACACCCGGUGGUGAUUGCAGACCGCAACAACCACAUGCGACGGGAACGACAGCAGCUCAUGGACGAUGUACGUCUGGUGGUCCCGAACGCCCGCUUCGUCGCGCUCCACUACGUCCACGAGCCCAAAGGCCAGCUGCUUCCUGGGAUCCGCGAGGUGACGCGGAAGCGCGUUCUCGACCGUGGGGACAACCACCAGACCAUCCGGGCUGGUAGUAAGACUUCUGAGGAGAUCAUCGGGAUCAUGGAGGGAUUCCUGACUCGAUUCGAGGGCAUCGAUACUGAUCGCGAACCUGACAGAAGCUUCGACCAAAUCAUCGACCUCGACGUUGGGGCCUCUUCGCGGGAGAAUCUCGAGACGGUGAUCACCUCGUUGCAGACAUCAUACCCACAUCUCAUCAAGCAGGUUCCCACCGCGCAGGAACUGGACGACGCCAUCCACCGGGCCAUGAGCGAAUACCAAGUCCAGCUCGAUCUGAGCCACCAGUAUGGAUCGUCCGGGAAGCAGGGCCAAAAACGCGAGAAAAACAACAGGAGCCCCAGUGGUCCUUCCACCACGCCCACUCCCCAUGCCGAAACCAUCGCAAAAAACAUUGAAUACUUCUGCAUCUCCCUCCCCACCGCAGACAUCAGCGCCGUCCUCAAGUCUCUCUUCCCCCCAUCCACACCUCCCGAUAAGGCGCGCAUCUACCACCAACUCCUGAACUCGCGCCGCAUUCAACCCACCUUCCACGUCACUUUGAUCCACCGCGCCCUGAAGAAAGAUCGUGCCGAAGUCUGGGAUUCCUACAUCCGUCGAUACCUCGACAAGAUGGCCCAGAAGCCCGAGUCCGAUCCCACCGUGACGCCGGUGCUCGCGCCAGCCCGUGUGCGUCUGGAACGUUUGAUCUGGGAUAACCGGCUCAUGGCCUUCGUUGCACGCAUCAUGCCGCCUGAUAGCCCGGAGCAGCACGAUUGGGUAUGCGUGAACUCCAUACCGCACGUCACCGUCGGCACCGUGUCAUCCAAUAUUAAGCCCAAGGAGAGCAACGACCUAUUGCAGCGGUGGCUGGACGUCGGGUCUGGCGGGGAUACUGGGAUCUGGGAGGCCGAGAUCCCUGGUGUGAUGGUUGUUUCGGGGACGGUGGGAGAGGUGAUGAGCAGGAGAUAG